AUGGCGACGAAUUCUAUCAAGCUUUUGACUGGUAACAGUCAUCCCGAGCUGGCAAAUCUGGUUGCAGAUAGGCUCGGCAUCGAAUUGACCAAGAUCAUGGUUCUCCAGUACUCAAACCAGGAAACGAGCGUGACGAUAGGAGAGAGUGUGCGAGAUGAGGACGUAUUCAUUCUGCAAUCGACCCGGCCGAACGACAUCAACGACGGAUUGAUGGAGCUGCUGAUUAUGAUCAAUGCUUGCAAGACUGCCUCCGCGAGACGUAUCACAGCUGUCAUUCCGAACUUCCCAUAUGCUCGUCAGGACAAGAAGGACAAGAGUCGUGCACCGAUCACCGCUAAACUCAUGGCCAACAUGCUACAGACAGCCGGCUGCAACCAUGUCAUUACUAUGGACCUCCACGCCAGUCAGAUCCAGGGCUUCUUCAACGUCCCCGUCGACAACCUGUAUGCUGAGCCUAGCAUGCUCAAGUGGAUCCGGGAGAAUCUUGAUGUCAGCAACUGUGUGAUUGUCAGCCCUGACGCCGGUGGUGCGAAGCGUGCUACCGCCAUCGCUGAUCGAUUGGACCUACAAUUUGCGCUGAUCCACAAGGAACGCCCGCGCCCGAACGAGGUCUCGCGCAUGGUCCUCGUUGGCAGUGUGAAAGACAAGGUCGCGAUUAUCGUCGAUGAUAUGGCUGACACUUGCGGUACUCUCGUCAAAGCGGCGGAUACAGUGAUGCAACAUGGAGCGAAGGAAGUCAACGCCAUUGUUGUUCACGGCAUUCUCUCUGGCAAGGCCAUCGAUAAUGUUAACAACAGCUGUCUGAAGCGCAUCGUUGUCACCAACACUGUUCCCCAUCAAGAGAAGAAGGAGCAAUGCGACAAGAUCGAGACGAUCGAUAUCAGCCCGACGCUCGCCGAGGCUUGUCGCCGCACCCAUAACGGUGAAUCCGUCAGCUUCCUGUUUUCCCACACAGUCGCUUAA